AUAAGUUGCAGUAGGCUAAGCUGAAUCUAUAGACUAGAGUAGUGUAAAGGGAAAUGAGUGCUUAACUUCUCAAACUGAGAGAGAGAGAGAGAGAGAGAGAGAGAGAGAGAGCACUGAAGAGUGCAUUGUGUGUGAUAUGAGGAAGCAACAACGUUGGCAAGUUGGUAACCUGGAUUGAGGUGGUCUUUUGGGGGAAACCAUCAACGACAACGACAGCAUCAAAAGGAAGAGAAAGACCCAGAACGGGAACGGCUUUCAGAAACGCACAAGCUUUUCAAAAAGAGCUUCAAAGUGAAGGAAAAAAAAGUGCCCUUUGAUUCUUGGUCACCACAACGCCAAGACAAACAAACAAAGCAAAACACACACACAAAAAAAAGCGAACAAGAGGAGCCACCGCACCGCAACAUGUUUUCUGUAACCGAAACUUGAAGCAGCCACUCCAUGUAAUAAUACUAUAUAAUUCAAGGGAGUUGUUAUUGGUGGUUACAGAAUAGAAAGAGAUAAAAAAAAAGUAUUUUUUUAGUUUGGAAUUAUCAUUACUACUACUACUACACAUUUAGCUGUCAUGUCUGGUUGGUGAAAGGAGCUUUCUGUUGUGUUGGCUUUCUCUUUCUGUUGUGUGGUUUUGGUGUUGAAUGGCUCAUCUGGAGUGUAAUCUUGGGGGCCCUGGGAGUAGUGGAACUUCUCAACCGGAAAAAGGUUUGAAGGAUGAUGAUCUGUAUAGAGAGCUGUGGAAGCUAUGUGCAGGGCCAUUGGUGGAUGUUCCUCGUAAUGGGGACAGAGUUUUCUACUUCCCUCAAGGUCACAUGGAACAAUUGCAAGCAUCUACGGAUCAGGAAUUGAACCAGGAAAUUCCCCAUUUCAAUCUCCCGGCCAAGAUUUUUUGCCGUGUUGUGAACAUUCAGCUGUUGGCGGAACAAGACACUGAUGAGGUUUAUGCUUGCAUCGCUUUACUUCCAGAAUCAGAUCAAACUGAGCCUACAAACCCUGAUCCAAAUGUUUCUGAGGCCCCAAAACAGAAGUUUCACUCAUUUUGCAAGAUAUUAACUGCCUCUGAUACUAGCACACAUGGAGGAUUUUCAGUUUUGCGGAAGCAUGCUACUGAGUGCCUGCCUGAAUUGGACAUGACUCAAUCAACCCCUACUCAGGAGUUGGCAGCAAAGGAUCUUCAUGGAUUUGAGUGGAAGUUUAAGCAUAUAUAUAGGGGUCAACCAAGGAGGCAUUUGCUUACAACUGGUUGGAGUACUUUCGUUGCAUCUAAAAGAUUGGUUGCUGGAGAUGCUUUUGUGUUUCUAAGGGGAGAGCAUGGACAAUUGAGAGUUGGUGUCAGACGUUUAGCGCGGCAGCAGAGUCCUAUGCCUUCAUCUGUGAUAUCAAGCCAGAGCAUGCAUCUCGGCGUGCUUGCCACUGCUUCCCAUGCUGUCAUGACUCGUACAAUGUUUUUGGUUUAUUAUAAGCCAAGGACUAGCCAGUUUAUUGUUGGUUUGAACAAAUAUCUGGAGGCAGUCAACAAUAAAUUUUCACUCAGCAUGCGAUUCAAGAUGCGAUUCGAGGGAGAUGACUCACCUGAGAGAAGAUUUUCCGGUACUAUUGUUGGGGUUGGAGACGUGUCUGCAGGGUGGUCAAAUUCUCAGUGGCGCUCAUUGAAGGUUCAAUGGGAUGAACCAGCAACAAUUCCAAGGCCAGAUAGAGUUUCUUGUUGGGAGAUAGAGCCUUUUGUAGCUUCUACUGCUUUGAAUGUCACACAACCAGCAGUUAAGGGUAAAAGGUCUAGGCCUGCUGAUGUUUUAUCUUCUGCUGCUUCAGGUUUCUGGUAUCAUGGUUCUUCCAAUGAGCUUAGUCAAUUAGGUGCUGCUGCUGAGGUCCAAAGCAAGGAAAAUCAGGUUGUUCCAUGCUCUCUGAGGCAGAAAGACAUUAUUAAUAGCAAUCCUAUUAAUGCUAAUAACUCUAGCAUCAGUACUAGAGUCCGAAUGGAAGGAGUAUGGCCUUCUUCACCACAUUUGAAUGCCACUCCAAACCUUUUUUCUGAUCCCAAUAACAACAACAGCAACAACGGCGUUUCGGCACGAUCACUGAUCUCUGGUUAUCCUAAUGUUCCAUCUAGAUCAAGUGAUGGUCCCACAUGCGACGGUGUGGAAGAUGGGAAAAAGACUGAGAACUCCCUUGAUUGCUGGUUAUUUGGAGUUAAUUUGACUAACAAUUGUAGCAACGUUAUUACUACUCCUUCAGAGAGGGAACAGAGAGGUCCAAGCUCAAGUGUUGUUCUUAGUGGUCCCAAAGAAUCUAUUCCUGCAGCUGCAUGUGAAACUGAGAGGGUUCAGACUCCCAACUAUUCACUGUCCAACAAAGGGCAGAAGCAAAUUAUUUCUGAGGCAUCACCAAAUCAGUGGCAGAACAAGCAGGCCACUGUACUAUCCAUGAGGACGCGGACUAAGGUGCAAAUGCAAGGUGUUGCUGUUGGUCGUGCGUUUGACUUGACCACGUUGAGUGGCUAUGAUGAUCUCAUAGAUGAACUUGAGAAAUUGUUUGAGAUCAGAGGAGAGCUGCGUUCACAAGACAAAUGGGCUGUUACUUUCACAGAUGAUGAAAAUGAUAUGAUGCUCGCGGGUGAUGAUCCAUGGCCGGAGUUCUGCAACAUGGUGAAGAGGAUUUUCAUUUGUUCAAGGGAGGACUUGAAGAAGAUGAAAUGCUGCAAGUUACCUGCUUCUUCAUCAGAGGUUGAAGAGAUUCUAUUGAGUCCAGAUUCACAGAAUAGGGAUGAGACUCAGCAGUCUCACAUGCCUUAGACAACUUGGCUUUUUUUUUUUUUUUUACUUUUUUUGGGGUUUGGGAAGUGAAAGAUAUCUGAUGGCAUAGGUUGCUUAAUUUUAUGGAACUUUCAAAGCAACUGCAGAUUAGUGGACUAAUUAUAUAAUAUGAAAGCAAUAGGUAGUGCAGUUGGAUUUUAGGUACUUAUAUUUGUGAAUACCCUUUUUUUUCUUUUUCUUUUUUUUAUCCUAGAGUGCCAUCAGCUUGUAAACAAAUAUGCUUUUCCCAUCUCUAAUGGAUUGUUUGUCUGUGAUGUGUCGGUUUCUUCUA